AUGAGUAAAAUUUUAUUAAGCGAUCUUAAAGCUUAUUGCAGGUCAAUGGAAUUAAUUUUUAAAGAAUCAUUUAAAUAUCAUCAAACUUCACUAGAAAAAUUUUGGGAAAAUUCAUCGAUAAAUGUCGCAAUAGAGGAGAAUAUCAAGAGUCAUUUUAAUAAUUUAAAAAAUGUUUCAACUAAUGACUUAGCUCUUGCUGUAAAAGAGUCGUAUGAAAGAGCAUCCAUGGUGCCACAAAGUUUAAAAGUUUAUGCAAUGACUUCUACUAAAAGUCAAGGAGAUGUUGAUUAUGAAAAAAAAAAUGAUGCAAAUGAUGAAGAGGUGUUACCUAAAGGUGUUUCUCCAGAAGAUUUAAAAGCUUCAGAAUUGCAUUACAAAGAUAGGGAAUUAAUUGAAAAACUUGAAAAAGAACAUGAACAAAAACUUAAAAAACAAGCAGAAAUGGAGCAAAAUAUUAAACAAUUACAUCAGUCAUCAAUUAAAAGUGAAAGUCUUGUUAAUAAUUUAGAUGAUAAUGUUAGUAAUACAAAGACAGAUGUAGUUUUGGAAAAAAAUAUUCCAUUACCGUCCACCAAAAAAUAUAAACCCAAGCAGCAGCUUAAUCCAGAAGCCAAACAAAGAAAAGUUCCCUCGACAAGAUUGGGUAGAAUGAUUUCUUUUGGAAGUUUAGCUGCUGGGUUAGGAAUAGGAGCUUUAGCCGAAGUCACUAGGAGAACAAUAGUAUUAAAUACUGAACUUGGAUCCGAUUGGAAAGAUAAAUUGAGUCACUUUGAGGAAAAACCUUUUGCAGCAGCAUCAAUCGGUCAAGUACAUUAUAUACGUUUAAAAGAUGGUAGAGAAUGUGCCAUGAAAAUACAAUAUCCAGGUGUUGCUCAAGGCAUCGAAAGUGACAUUAAUAAUUUAGUCGGUAUUUUAAAAGUAUGGAAUGUUUUUCCAGAAGGGCUUUUCAUAGACAAUUUAGUUGAAGUAGCAAAAAGAGAGCUUUCAUGGGAAGUUGAUUAUGAAAGAGAAGCAGAAUGUACUAAAAAAUUUAAAAAACUUUUACUUCCGUACCCUGACUACGUCGUGCCUGAUGUAAUAGACGAACUUUCAACAAAACAAAUUUUUACUAGCACUCUAAUUGAAGGAAUACCAGUUGAUCAGUGUGCUGAUCUUCCUGAAAAGGACAGAGAACAUGUUUGUAUAUUAAUUAUGCAAUUAUGCCUGAGAGAAAUAUUCGAAUUUCGUUACAUGCAAACCGAUCCGAAUUGGUCAAAUUUUUUUUACGAGCCUACUAGCAAAAAAAUGUGUUUGUUGGAUUUCGGAGCGACAAGAUCGUACGAAUAUGAAUUUGUUAAAAAGUACAUUGAAAACAUAAGAGCAGCGGCCGAAGGUGAUAGACAAGCCGUUUUAAAUAUAUCAAAAGAAAUGGGAUUUCUCACCGGUUACGAAUCAAAAAAAAUGCAAAAUGCACACGUGGAUGCCGUGAUGAUUUUGGCCGAAGUAUUUUCUGCAGAAAAAGCAUUUGAUUUUGGAUUGCAAGACACGACGAGAAGAAUUCAAAAAUUGGUACCGACAAUUGUUACCGAAAGACUUUGUCCUCCCCCCGAAGAAAUAUAUUCACUACAUAGAAAAUUAUCCGGUGUAUUUUUAUUGUGUGCCAAGUUAAAAGUUAAAAUAAGUUGUCGGGAAAUGUUUUUUACAGUUUAUAAUAAAUUUAAAAGUACUUCAAAUGAAUUUUAA